AUGACAACGUCGAAGGCACUCGGCAAGCGUCCGGUGUCGCAGCGGCCGUCGGCGUUUGACGUCCUGCUCAACCGCGCGCGCUCACACCUGGAGUGCUGCCCCGGGGGCGUGGCUGCCGCGCCGCCCUUCGCGGCGGCUGCCGCCGCAUCGCAAAACAGCGCCGCCUCCUCAGUGGCGUCCGAGGUCGCGUGCCCCUCGUGCGGUUCCUACUUUCCGACCGAGGCCGCCGUCUUUGCGCACCUCGAUGAGCGCGAGGUGUGCGGGGAGAGCGAGGGGCCGGCCUCGGGCGGCGACGCCGUCGCCCUCUCGCAGCCGCCGACGCAGCUCGCGCCGAAGAGCAUCGAAGCCCUCGCCGCCGAGCUCCGCUGCACCGUCUGUAUGGACAUCUUCGACGAGCCGACCUUCCUGCCGUGCGGCCACAACUUUUGCCUCGCCUGCAUCACCGAUUGCUUCCGCAUCAUGUCGCAGAUGUGCUGCCCGCUCUGCAAGGCGCCCACGUGGCGGAGGCAGGUCACGGCAAACCACUCGCUCGCGAGCAUCGUGGCCGCCUACCGGGCGAUCGCAGACGCCCAUCAAAGCUAG